UGAGAUUAACGAUAAGUGUAAAAAAUUUCAAGUCUUUCACUCAGUCUCACCGUGGGCGGUGGGCGCUCCCAUUUUUCCCGUGUAAAGUGCUUCGUUUUCAAAGUUUGUAAAGUGUAAAGAGAUCCUGACAUGUCGGAAGAGGUGCGUUGCAGCGGACAUAGCCAAGCUCAGUCUUUACACGUCCCCCCGAUUUCUUUUGCGCCCCACAAACUUGGGUCUAAAUCGGAUCCAGGCUUGCAGAUUUCGCACUCUUUAGGCUCCCCAAUCUAGUUUGGGAUCUCAACUCCACCGCAAUCUCGAAUCCGCCGUAAUUUGAUCGGACGCCGUCGGAAUGAAGUCCUCCGAGGCUGACAAUAGGGGAGGAGGGAAGGCGAGGAGGAAAAGAGGAGACCGCAAUGAGGGUCAGAGGAGCAAUAAUGUCGUGAGAAAUCAGAGGAGAAGGGAAGGGGUUGGAAGUGAGACGAUGAGGAGGGUGCUGUUAGGGUUAGGGUUCUGGGUGCAGGGCUUCAGGUGUUUUCCAUGGAUGGCUGUCAAUUUCUUCCUUAAGGAUGAUCUCCGUGUGGAUCCCUCCACCCUUCAGAUCCUUCAAAGCUCUGCCAAUCUGCCCAUGGUUGCCAAGCCCUUCUAUGGCAUCCUCUCUGACUCCAUUUACGUAUAUGGCCAGCACCGUAUUCCUUACAUUGCAUUUGGAGGUUAAUUAAGUCUCACUUUCUCAUUACUAGUUGAUUUCUUAGCUCGAAUGUGUCCCGUACUCCGGUUUAUCUGGGCCCGUUUGGAAUUUGGGGAAGUUAGGAAGGAAUUCGGAAGGAGAUACAACAUUAGUUCACAGUUCAAACUCAAUAAGUUCAUAUUUGACAUCCAUUUAAACUUAUUUCGUUCAAUUUUUUUUAUUCUAUAAGGAUUGAUGAAUCUGAGAAGAAGAAUAAACUUAAUAAUAUGUGAUUUACCUCAAUGUUUUUUGAAGUAAAAUAGACUAAAGAAAUUAACUUUCCUAACAUAUUUUUUCCUUUCCUUAGCUUUUUUAAAAAAACUCAAAACACCCUCUGAGUAGGCUUAGUGGAACUUGAUCAACUUCAGCGCAGUUGAUUGAAAAAUGGUUUCUUUGGUUGCUGUUACUCUUUUAGGUCUUCAUCAAAAAACAUCGCUAAAGGCCCAUUGUUGAGAACAAGUAUGUUUUCAUUUUUACCUUUCAUAAUAAGGAUACACAUAUUGUCAAUUAUCUGAUUUGGCUGAUGACUGUACUGGAUCUUUCUUGAAGCGGGCCAUGAUCCAAAUCAUCCAAUACAGUACUUGUUGAGUCAUUCUUUAUUAGUUUAUUUCGGAACUUCUGAGCAUUUGCAUGAUUUACUUUUUUCAUGCAGCUUUUUUGCAAGCUCUGUCAUGGAUAAUUCUUGCACUCCUCUCAUACUCUACUAUCUCCUUCUCCACCAUCACCAUAUAUCUGCUGCUCAGCAACUUGGGUGCUUCUGUGGUUGAGGUUGCCAAUGAUGCCCUUGUUGCAGAAAUAGGAAAACAGACUCCUUCAUCGGGAGGAGAGCUUCAGUCUUUUGUCUGGAUGGCAUCUUCCCUUGGAGGAGUUCUUGGGAAUCUAUUAGUCGGAAUCUCCUUAAACAGAAUCUCCACUCAAGCAAUGUUCCUUCUCUUUGCAGCCCUCCUCUCUCUCCAGUUUCUAGUAACACUUUUCAUCAAGGAGACAUCUCUAGACAUUCCCAAAAGUACAGUGUCUAAUAAUCAAGGGAUCAAAAAGCAACUUUCGAAUCUUCUUGCGACAUUGCAGAAACCAGAGAUCUCUUACUCCAUACUUUGGUUUUCUGCAUCAUUUGCUGCAGUUCCUGCUCUUACAGGAACCAUGUUCUACUACCAAACACAAGAAUUGAAAAUUGAGACUUCAAUACUAGGUUUUUCCAAAGUAUUUGGACAGAUAAGUAUGCUUCUUUGGGGUAUUGUUUAUAACAAGCACCUCAAGUCAGUCUCGCCAAGGAGACUAAUAUCUGCAAUUCAAGUCUGUAUGGCGGUUUUCAUGUUCUCUGAUGUUUUGUUUGUCAAAGGUUUGUAUAGGACCAUAGGUAUUCCAGACUCACUGUAUGUUGUUGUGAUUUCUGGCGUUUUGGAGAUAAUGUGUUUUUUCAAGAUUCUGCCCUUCAGUGUUUUGAUGGCACAGCUUUGCCCACCAGGGUGUGAAGGGUCUGUUAUGGCAUUUCUCAUGUCUGCUGUGGCACUUGCUCUCAUAGUGAGUGGGUAUCUUGGGGUCGCUUUGGCUUCAUAUGUCAUGGUUACUGGGGAUGACUUCUCGGGCUUUCCAUCUGGUCUUGUGGUACAAGCAGUAUCAACACUUGUACCUAUAUUUUGGUCUUCGUGGAUACCAGAAGGUACAAAAGCAAAAACCAAGUGACGGGUGAAAUCUGGGAAGAGGCUAUUCCACGCUUGACUGAUGUUCAAGUGCUUCGGCAGAAGGGGGUUCCACUGCAUUUGACUGUAGAUUAUAAGUUGUUGGUAAGGGGUUAUUUAAUAUUCUUUUAAUAGAAUAUCAUAUAAGGCUGGGUGGUCAGUUGAAGUGAUUUAUGGUGCAGUUUUGCCGGGUUCAUUUACAUCUAUUGUGUUUUUAAUAGUUUGAUCGUCCAAUAAAUUGUGCCCGAACUUGCAUUUUGUUGCUCCUAAAUCUAAAUUACCAGCUAUCACGGAGGACAAAAGGGCAACUUCCAAAGACAGUGCUGGAAGUUUUGUUCAUCUCCCUCAAGUUAGAGGAUGUAAAUUUUCAGUUUGAUACAUCCAAAUUCAAGAGAAAAUGGUCAAUAACCCCUCAACUCUAUUCCCU